AAAACCUGCAAAAUCGGCAGUGUAUCAAAUACUUGUUCUCCCCACUGUACAUCUUCUGGCUCUGAUUAAAUGGAACUGACAAGGAGCUAGACUGUUGCAAUUGAAUCCAAAUGGAUUAACGCAAAUUGAACAACAUGAUGCACUCACCAAUGUGAAGAGCCCUUUAUCCACCACAAAGGCAAUUUCUUUGUUUCUACCGGAGGGUCAACUUGGAGUAAUCCCCACUAACCUUAGAGAACACUUUAAUGGAUUGGCAGACAUAAAUGAUCCUGAUCUGAAAGACGAAGACUGCUCCUGUAUUCCUAACAAACCAGAAAGAUCAUUGCCUCUUCAGUCUCAAAAUAUGAUAAUGUACCUCCAAAGAAGGCAAAGACCAGGCGAAUGAGUUUGGCCGAUCUCCAGUUGAAACUUAAUCAUAUGAGCCGCAUGAUAAACGAAUCCACUGAAGUGAUGGGUAGCUGCACUGCACCUUCAUCUCAGCUGGCGAGGACCUCCAACAAACACCGUGUAAAGACAGAAUCCUGAACAGCUAUAGAUUACAGGUCUAAAACCAUGGGAUUAAUGACUGAGAAUCCAGCAAGUGUUGCAUUGGCAGACCAUUUUAUUAUUAAUAUCAAACCUAAUAUGACUACUACUUUGAACUGGAAGAGUAAAAGCCUUACAUCACGACUGUCAUUUGGUGGUUUCCUGCCCAAACUCCCGCAAAAGGGCCAAACCGUCAGAACUAAACCAGACUGAGUGCAAUAGUGUGACUGAUUUUGGGAAACUUCUGAAGAAUUGCUUGGGUGGCACUCAUGGACUGAGGAGCAACAACCUGAUGGACAACAUUGAUAAUGAAGUGCUUCCAGAUAUUAGCAGUGAAGCAGAAUUAUCUGAAACUUGGGACACAUUCUCCUCAGAUGGUCAAUGACGGGGAAAAUAUUUUCCAAGGCAGAUUACCCACUCGCCGUCGGAUCCUUACAAGGCACCCAGACCUAUGUCACCGAUAUCUCUGUCUCUUUCUUCUGCGAAUGACGGGGAUGAGAGCCUUGUCAGGUGUCUGGAGUAAAUCCUUCGCGUACGACUCGUUAAAGGGAGGGGGAAAAAAUCUUCCAGUACGGGGUGAGUAAUCGCUGUCCUGAUAUCUAGAAGCUCUUUUCGGUCAUAAGAGACAGUGGCAGAAACAUUAUGUACAAAAUAAGUUAGAAAUAAUGCGAAAAAACAAUCACAAUUGGUUAGGGGACCGUAAAACGGCAGCCAUCUCCCCCGGCGCCAUUAUAGAUGGAUCACACACCAUACUGUAGAAACACAACUCAUAGAAAGAACAUUCACCCUCAUAUCAGACCACCAGAGUAUGUUGACUGAAAUGGGACUGACCAUUCUUGGACAUUUUCUAUAUAUAGAUACAUAUAAUAGAUAUCUGAUUGAAAACAUUUUUCUUUAUAUCAGAGUUCGAAUCCUGUUUUCCAAUCUCAAGACAUUUACCAAGUUUGAGAUGACCGUAGUUGUUACCUCCACCUACCCCAUCUGUCUCCUUCAUGUGCAGAACUUCCAAAAUCACAUUGGAAACACAACGAAAGACCAGGUGGAGGACAUUGUAUCAUCAGUAACACCAGCCAAGAACUACUUGAUCAAGAUUGUCAAGAGGAUCCAUGAAUGUCUGCUGUGAGACCAGCUCCAACAUACCUCGCCUGUCCAUAAAAAAAAGAUGGCUAUGAGAAGCGAGGCCAGGGCAGAGGCAGAGGUAGAGGAGGAGAGCUUUGGACCACAGCCACUGAGCAGACUUGAGCAAUGUGGCAUCAGUGCCAGUGACCUAAAGAAACUGGAGGAUGCAGGGUUCCACACCAUUGAGGCAGUGGCCUAUGCCCCCAAGAAGGAGCUGCUCAACAUCAAAGGGAUCAGUGAGGCCAAAGCAGACAAAGUCCUGGCUGAAGCUGCCAAACUAGUGCCCAUGGGCUUCACCACAGCAACAGAGUUCCACCAACGCAGAGCUGAAAUCAUCCAGAUCUCCACUGGGUCCAAAGAGCUGGACAAGCUGUUACAGGGUGGGAUAGAGACGGGCUCCAUCACAGAGAUGUUUGGAGAGUUCCGAACAGGAAAGACGCAACUGUGCCACACCCUUGCAGUCACCUGUCAGUUGCCCAUUGACCAGGGUGGUGGAGAGGGCAAAGCCAUGUACAUUGACACUGAGGGGACCUUCAGACCAGAGAGGUUACUGGCUGUAGCAGAGAGGUAUGGACUUGUUGGGAGUGACGUUCUGGACAACGUAGCCUACGCUAGGGCCUUUAACACAGACCACCAGACCCAGCUGCUUUACCAAGCCUCAGCCAUGAUGGCAGAGUCUAGGUAUGCCAUGCUGAUAGUGGACAGUGCCAUGGCCCUCUACAGGACAGACUACUCAGGGAGGGGAGAGCUCGCUGCACGGCAAGGCCACCUGGGACGCUUCCUGAGAAUGCUGCUGAGACUAGCAGAUGAAUUUGGCGUUGCUGUAGUGAUAACCAAUCAGGUGGUGGCCCAGGUAGACGGUGCUGCUAUGUUCUCUGCAGACCCUAAAAAACCCAUCGGGGGCAACAUCAUGGCACAUGCGUCCACUACACGACUGUACUUGAGGAAAGGCCGUGGGGAGACGAGGAUCUGCAAAAUCUAUGACUCACCCUGCCUCCCUGAGUCUGAAGCCAUGUUUGCCAUCAACGCAGAUGGGGUGGGUGAUGCCAAGGACUGAGCUCAGUUGGAACCAUGCCAUGUGAGAGCAUGGUUGCAUUUCAUGAGGCCAUGCCACUGUAGACUUGCACAAUGGCAGCUCUCUUGGGCUGUGUACACUUACCUGAGGUAAGGGCUAAUAUGGGAGAUGCUGGCCAUAACGGCUACUUUGCAUGGAGUGUUGCCCAUUUCCCAGAAGAACUCAGUGAUGCACAUUCUUUGGCCAACACUGUAUACAGAUCUGUAUGGCCCUAUGAAGCUGAGAACCAGAGGGAGCUCAGCUUCACAUAAAUGUGGAAUUUUUUUCACCAAACCAAUAGACUUAAGAUAAUUAUUGUAUUAACUCCACUGGAGGAUAUGGACUUAUUAUUUAAGAAGUGUUGUAUUGUGACUUCGGUUUUUCAAGGAUGUCUGGUUUUCUACAAGUGUUCUUCUUUACAACCAUUGUUUGGAUUUGACAUUCCCACUGUAUAUCAGAUCUAUUCUAUUAUUAAGAGCAGAUGUUUGAGUAAACAUACCAGUACAGACCCCUUGACAUUCCUUUUUCCCUAUCAUUACAGAACUAUACUUUCUGUAUAAGAUGCAUUGUAUUAAAACCAUUAGGAUACCCUGUCUCUGGUCUACAUCUGAAGUUAUUUGAAUUCUGACUUAGUUGACAAAUCAUAAUUUCCCAA